AUGAGCCCAGUUGAAAGGCGACCCAGAGCUCAUGUUCCGCAGCGCCACCAGCCUUGUCUCCUCUUCCUUCACCAGGUAGAAGUUGAAGAAAGCUUGGGCGCGCUGGAGCGCGCGAGGCGCUUUGGAACCUCGAAGCUCUCGUUGCCCGGGCCUCGCUGUUACCUCCCUCGCGGGGUCGCGCGCGGGCCGCGGGCGGAGCGACCAGCCGAGCAGCGACGCGAGCUCAGCUCCAAAGGGCCGAAAGAAGAGAAACCGCUCAUCCUCGCCAUGGGUUGCUCCUCUUCCACCAUGGAGACCGUGGCGGAGCCGCAGGUUCGCACGUGGCAGACGGCCAAGACGGUCGAGGCGAGCUCUCCGCGCGGAACCGUGGCGCGGAACGCCUCUGAGUCGACGGCCUCCACGGCCUCGAACGGCAGUGAGAUGUCGCUGCGGAACUUGUUCGAAGGAGUGGGUGGUCCUGUCUUCUAUCAGACAUCCUUGAGCUACAACAGCUACAGCAACUUCAAAUGA